AUAGUGACAUAUGGUUGACAAAGUUCAGCCCCCAUCAACUUGUUAGAAAUCAUGCAGAGAUACAAUAUGUAAUUCCAGUCAGAAAUCAGAAUAAGCGAAAGGAUCAAGAACACAUUAUUGUAAGUGUUUGAAUUAUGUGCGCAAUGAAAAUAUUUAAGCUUAGAAUUACAAAGUCAGCGACCAUUCAUCCUCUCGUGCAACCACGUUUUGUGUAGGACCAAAAUCUCACCAACAAAGACAAAAAACCAAGAAUUAGCUCCUAAAUCGUGUGUUCCACCUUUUCAUCUUCUAUAUAUAGUACUGAAUCUGCAACUUUGUCAGCAAGCCAUGGCCGCAUUAUCUCCUAUAUUGUUUCUCUCAUGUCUUCUAUCAAUUGUCCCUUUAACCUUGCAAGCUGAUUCACUAGAGAACGACUACAAUGGCGUUAAUGCCUUACCAAGUUCUGUCCCUAACUACCCAAAACUCUUGAACGUACUUGACUCCUGCUGGCGAGACAAGUCUAAUUGGGCGACUAAUCGUCGCGCACUGGCAGAUUGUGCGGUGGGGUAUGGUAGUGGUUCAAUGGGAGGUAAAUAUGGUGCCAUUUAUAUAGUCACUGAUUCGUCUGAUGACCCCGUGAACCCCAAACCGGGCAUGCUUAGGUACGGUGUGAUCCAAACAAGGCCGUUAUGGAUAAUUUUUGCUGAAGAUAUGGUGAUUACGCUAAAAAAUGAGUUAAUGGUGAAUAGUUUCAAGACAAUUGAUGGGAGAGGGGCUAAUGUUGAGAUUGCGUACGGUCCAUGUAUAACGAUACAAGGGGUUAGUCAUGUGAUUGUUCAUGGUAUAAGUAUUCAUGAUUGUAAGCCUGGGAAGAGUGGCAUGGUUAGGAAUACUCCUAUGCAUGUUGGGAAGCGAAUGGGGGCUGACGGGGAUGGCAUUAGCGUGUUUGCAUCGUCGAAUAUCUGGAUCGAUCAUUGUUAUCUAGCUCGGUGUGCUGAUGGACUUAUCGAUGUGAUUCAUGCUUCAACUGCUAUCACCAUUUCAAACAACUACUUCACACAACAUGAUAAAGUGAUGCUGCUUGGACACAAUGAUGGAUUCAGCGCUGACAAGGUUAUGAAGAUUACGAUUGUACUUAAUCGUUUCGGGACUGGCCUAAUUGAGAGGAUGCCAAGGGUGAGGUUUGGAUAUGCUCAUGUUGCCAACAACAGAUAUGAUGAGUGGCAAAUGUAUGCAAUUGGUGGUAGUGCAAACCCCACCAUAUUCAGUGAAGGAAACUACUUCAUUGCUCCUAAUAAUGCUAAUUCCAAAGAGGUUACCAAAAGAGAGGUCAGCAAAAACUGGAACAACUGGAAAUGGAGGUCAUCUAGAGAUGUAUUCCUGAAUGGUGCUUAUUUUGUUCAAUCUGGAUAUGGAAGUUGUGCUCCGCAUUACGCUAGUUUGCAAUCAUUCAAAGUAGCUCCAGGAUUCUUUGUUCCUGCCUUAACAUCUGAUGCAGGCCCUCUAAGUUGUGUUGUUGGUAAAGCAUGUUGA